AUGGGACAACAUUUCAUUGAAAGGCACAACAACAAUAUGGCCCCUAAAGUAUCAAUCAAAAAACAAUUUAGCAAAACUCACCAUGAAAACAUCAUUUCAUUUAAGUGUAUGCGAAGAAGAAAAUCAAACAUAAAACUGAUUCCAACUGAACAUCAAAAUACAUCACUCACUAUCCCAUCCAUCAAACGAGUGCAAUCGCAAUGCAAUCUCUACGAAACAACAAAAAAUAGUAAAUCCGUAAAGCAUAGAUGGAAGCUCAGUAAAAGUGGAUGCGAUGAUGCAACAAAAAAUGAGAAACAACGAAUGACAAACUGUCACGAAGAGAGUCAUCAAGACAUUAAAUGCUUCCAGCCAAAAUCUUCACAGAAAAAUUUGACACAUAAUGUGCAUAAUGCUGAUAAAAUAUUUCAACGUAACAAUACUGAAAUUAAUAGUUUAUAUCGUCAUGUCAUCACUCAGAGCUACCCCAGCAAAAAAUCCACUCACCAACAACCACACUUCCAUGAUAAAAAGCAGUCACAUAGGCGUGACUAUGCCAGCUGUCGUAGGCUUCAAAGUUGGGCGACUGCAAGCGGUAUCAGAAAACUGUUGCCAAUUUUUAUACUCGUUAAUAUGCUUCCAUUUUUGUAUGCAGUUCUUUUUCAUGGAAGUUUUUAUAACUUGGAGAAAACUUUGAAGGAUAAGUAG